GCUGGAGCGGCGGAAGGGGCGUGCGCCGAUUGGGGGGGGUGCAGGAGUCGGGAAGAACGGAAGCAGGCGGCGAGGUACCGGGUUCACCAUGGCGGACGGGGCGGACGCGUUCUGCCUGCGGGAAGUGCUGGUGGCGUUCACGGCCUGCCUUGGCGAGCAGCGGGAGGUGCGCGUGGACCCGUAUCUCGCGGGCUGGAAGGGCCUGAUCAGGUUUCUGAACACCCUGGGCACAGUUUUUUCCUUCAUUUCAAAAGACGCAGUGACCAAAAUACAGAUCCUAGAGAAUUAUCGUAAUAGUGACCAGCGAGAAAAGUACUUGACUGUUCAAUCCAUGGUGGAGUAUGAGCUGGCUAAUGGCCUUGUUGAUCUCAAAAAGCGAUCUGAGCAUCCUGACUCAGGCUGCAGAACCUUCUUGCGCCUCCACCGAGCCCUUCGUUGGCUACAGAUGUUCUUGGAAGGACUGAGGACUGGCGAGGAGGACUCCAAAACCUCUGUGAUCUGCUCAGAGGCAUACAAUGCUUCCUUGGCUAACUAUCAUCCCUGGAUUAUUCGCAAGGCUGCCACAGUGGCUUUUUAUGUCUUACCCACUCGAAAUACAUUCCUUGAAAACAUGAAUGUAGGCACAGCUGAUGAGGCUGUGGCUAUGCUGGGGGAUGCUUUGCCCUUUAUCUGCAAGGUCUAUGAUAUCACGGAGGAGCUCUAUGCUCAACACAAACUGCUUGAUCUCCCCUAGCAUAGGGGAUAUUUGAGUAGAGUAUUUCAAUAUUGUAACUACUGGAAGAGUUCACUGUAUUUGGGGGAGGGGUUCACUCAUGUAAAUAAGUGUAUUUGCACUAGGGCCUGGAUACUCCCUCUUCCCUGCCAUCUCCAAUAUGUCUCUAGUAGAGAUCAUAACUAAUUUGAUUGGUACUCUUUGGCCUUCUAAAAGAAAGCUAACUUACUUCUUGGCUCUUCGUUUAUUAGCAAUUUGGACUAAACAUUCCAAAGCCCAUAUUAGCCUGUUUAAAUUGAAGAGACUUAUUUCUCUUCUCUGCACUGACCUCCUUUUUGCAAAACUAUCAGAUCUUUUUUCUUUGCGAAAGCCAGAGCACCCUGCCAUGAGUGGUUACUUAAUCUUUGUAGCUCCAAUGCCUUUAAACAAAAGCAAUGAGGAAUCCCUCCUUGUCCUACUCACGUGAGACUGCUAAAAUUCAGAUAAACUAGGAUUGGAACCCCUCACUGUGCUAUUGUAGGGCCUGUGUACAGACAACACUCAUUGACUUCAGUUACUUGUUUUCUGUUGGGGUUAAAAAGAUAAUGUAUAUUAUAGGGGCUGGUAUUUUGGUUUUGAUACUCAGUGUAAAGCUGAUGCUUUCUCACAAAGAGCAACUGAUUUCAGUCCACUUUAAUGGCAACUGGUCAACACUUAGGCUUCCCACUUAUCCUCCCAAAAAUGUAGUAGUGUGGAGGUGUGGUAUUAGGAUAUGUUCCUUCCCACCCCUUCUUUAGAGAUUUUGAGACAUGAAGUCCCUUUAUUACUCUCUUCCUCUUCCCUACAGUUUUGCUAUUUGGCAUCAUGCUUUUUGGGGUGAGGAAUAAUCUUUAGAACACAGUACUGAAUCACAGAAUAAUUCAGAGCCUUAUGGAUCUUGAGGCUACUGUUACAGAGACUACCCAUAGAGUAGACCUUCAGGAAAGAAAGGGAAUGCUGAAAGCCUAGACAAACCCAAGUUCUGCUGACUGGGUGUGGUAAUUAUAAUCUGUGCAAUACAUAAAAGCAUAGUGUUUGCUGAAGCUGAAUGCCUUCCAGUCCAAAUCAAAUCAUAAGCUUUAAAAAGAGGGUAAAUCUUCAUGCAUGUGGUCUGUGUACAAUUGUUUUAGCAAAAAUUCUUAGUAUAUAUGGUGUGUGUGUAUAUAUAGGCUUAUACAUAGGAAGAGGUACACAAUGUGGUUAUACAAUAAUUAAUUGUACUUUAUCAGAUUUUUAAAAUGUAUCUUUCACAAAAAUGUAUUAAUAUUUCAGAAAGGGCACUAAUACUACUGCUGUAAAACUAUUUCAAGACUACAUUUACACCUCA